AUGACAGACACAAGACGAAGAGUUAAGCUUUACGCUCUGAACGCAGAUCGACAGUGGGAUGACAGAGGAACUGGACAUGUGUCAUCAUGUUACGUGGAGAGGUUGAAAGGCACCUCAUUACUGGUACGCGCUGAGUCAGAUGGCUCCCUUCUUCUAGAGAGCAAAAUACAGCCUGACACAGCAUACCAAAAGCAACAAGACACCUUGAUAGUUUGGUCAGAAGGUGAUAACUUUGAUUUAGCUUUAAGUUUCCAAGAAAAAGCUGGCUGCGAUGAGAUUUGGGAAAAGAUUUGUCAGGUACAAGGAAAGGAUCCAUCAGUUGAAAUAACCCAAGACAUAGUAGAAGAAUCAGAAGAUGAACGAUUUGAUGAAAUGUCAGAUAGUGUACAACCUGUAGAGUUACCAGCUUGUGAAAUGGGCCGCCUAGAAGACAUUAGUGAACUGGUUAACAGUUGCCUGGUGUCACCAGCCCGGAAAGACAAGCUUGCUGCAGCCCUUGAGAGUCAAAAUUACAUUAAAAAGUUACUUAACCUUUUCCACAUGUGUGAGGACAUUGAAAAUAUUGAAGGAUUGCAUCACUUGUAUGAAAUUUUUAAAAGUAUAUUUCUCUUAAAUAAAAAUGCACUGUUUGAUACAAUGUUUGCUGAUGAUACUAUAUUUGAUGUUGUGGGUUGCCUAGAGUAUGAUCCUGGAUUACCACAGCCAAAGAAGCACAGAGAGUAUCUACGGGAACUUGCAAAGUUUCGUGAAGCCAUUCCUAUAAAGAACAAAGAUUUGUUAGCAAAAAUACAUCAAACAUAUAGGGUACAGUACAUCCAGGAUAUUGUUUUACCUACUCCUACAGUUUUUGAAGAUAAUCUGUUAAGCACAUUAUCAAGUUUUAUAUUUUUCAAUAAAGUAGAAAUAGUGAAACUUAUAGAAGAAGAUGAGAAAUUUUUAACAGAUUUGUUUAAGCUUCUAAUGGAUAAUAAGACACCAGAUACUAAAAGACGGGACUUAGUUCUGUUUUUAAAAGAAUUUUGCAACUUUUCACAAAACUUACAACCUCAAGAUAAGGAUGCAUUUUAUAAAACUUUAGUAUCCCUGGGGAUCCUACCAGCAUUAGAAAUCACCCUAAGUAUAAACGAUCAGAAAACAAAGACUGCAUCUAUAGAUAUUUUAACAUAUAUAGUAGAGUUUUCACCCUCUGUAAUGAGAGAUCAUACUCUACAACAGGCUAAUAUUACUAAAGAGGAAAAGAUGCUACUAAAUGUUGUAAUAGAACAGAUGUUGAGGGAUCGUGACCCUGAACUAGGUGGUGCAGUGCAGCUCAUGGGUGUGCUCCGUAUACUCCUUGACCCUGAAAGUAUGCUAGCUUCUGUGAAUAAGAGUGAAAAAGCAGAUUUUUUAAAUUUCUUCUACAAACACAGUAUACAAACACUCAUAGCUCCUCUACUAGGAAACACAACUGGUGAGAAACCCCUCAAAGAAGACUACCACACGGUUCAACUAUUGGGUCUUGUUUUGGAACUACUUUCGUUUUGUGUUGAGCAUCACACAUACCAUAUCAAAACUUGCAUAUUAAAUAAGGAUCUUCUCCGUCGUAUACUGGUUUUGAUGAGGUCGACGCACACCUUUUUAGUGCUCGGCGCACUGAGAUUCAUGAGGAAGAUCAUCGCGCUUAAGGAUGAGUACUACAACAGAUAUAUCAUAAAGGGAAAUCUCUUUGCACCAGUAAUAGAUGCUUUCCUUAGAAAUAAUGGCAGGUAUAAUCUAUUAGAUUCAGCAAUAUUAGAAUUAUUUGAAUUCAUAAAACUUGAAGAUAUAAAGUCAUUAUGUUCACAUGUCGUUGAAAACUAUGGAAAGAUUUUGGAAGAUGUUGAAUAUGUACAGACAUUCAAAGCUUUAAAAUCCCGAUAUGAUCAACACCAGGACAAGCUCAAAGAGAGGGAUCGAGUGAGUGGAAGUGUGGGUGUAGCAGAGGCCGUUGUACCAUCACUGCUUCGCACGCGGUACCGGCGUGAGGCGCGGGCUCCUGACGACGAAGAGGAGAUGUGGUUUAACGAUGACGAUGAACUGGACGACGAGCCGCCGCUCGACCAGCCUGCGCCGCACACUCAUCCACACCCGCAACCGCACAACCACGCGCACGCUCAUCACGCGUUAGAUGCUAUCGGAAAAAUAGUUGAAAAGAAGGUUUGCUCUAAUACAGAAACUGUGAACGGGCCAAGCAGAGUACUCCUGAGCACCACGACCGCAAGCAAACCGACGCACACUGACGUUCAGGGGCUGGUGGACUACGACGCCGACUCGGACGAGGAGGAGGAGGGCGGCGGCGGCGGCGGCGGCGGCACGGAGGAGCGCGACGCCAAGCGGCCGCGCCUCGCGUAG